GUCCAUCUUAGGGGACGUGGACGGAAGAAAGAGAAGCGUAAGCAGGCGCCGAGAAUCGGCCCGGUGUGGAGUGAAGGAAGGGUGGCGAGGGUGUAGACCGCGGUAGCAGGGCCAGGGACGCGGCGGCGAGGCAGGUACUUUGAUCAGUGACAGCAUCUCAGCAUGCUGAGUCAAGUUUACCGUUCUGGGUUCCAGCCCUUUAACCAGCGUGUCCUGCCCUGGAUCCAGUCCAGAGCUGUCUCCAGAUCUCAUUAUGUCCAGCCUUCAGCCAUCAGACAUGUUCGUUCUUGGAGCAACAUCCCCUUUAUUACUGUACCCCUCAGUCGUGCACAUGGCAAGUCCUUUGCCCAUCGCAGUGAGCUGAAGCAUGCUAAGAGAAUUGUGGUGAAACUUGGAAGCGCCGUGGUGACCCGAGGGGAUGAAUGUGGCCUGGCAUUGGGGCGUCUGGCAUCUAUUGUCGAGCAGGUGUCAGUGCUGCAGAAUCAGGGCCGGGAGAUGAUGCUGGUGACCAGCGGAGCCGUAGCCUUUGGCAAGCAACGCUUGCGCCAUGAGAUCCUUCUGUCUCAGAGCGUGCGGCAGGCCCUGCACUCAGGGCAGAACCACCUGAAGGAAAUGGCAAUUCCAGUCUUAGAGGCACGAGCCUGCGCAGCCGCUGGACAGAGUGGGCUGAUGGCCUUGUAUGAGGCCAUGUUUACCCAGUACAGCAUCUGUGCUGCCCAGAUUCUGGUGACCAAUCUGGAUUUCCACGACGAGCAGAAGCGCCGGAACCUCAAUGGGACACUUCAUGAGCUCCUCCGAAUGAACAUUGUCCCCAUUGUCAACACAAAUGAUGCAGUUGUCCCCCCGGCUGAGCCUAAUAGUGAUCUCCAGGGGGUAAAUGUCAUUAGUGUUAAAGAUAAUGAUAGCCUGGCUGCCCGUCUGGCUGUGGAAAUGAAAACUGACCUCUUGAUUGUUCUUUCAGAUGUAGAAGGCCUCUUUGACAGCCCCCCGGGGUCAGAUGAUGCAAAGCUCAUUGAUAUAUUUUAUCCUGGAGAUCAACAGUCGGUGACAUUUGGGACCAAGUCUAGAGUGGGGAUGGGUGGCAUGGAAGCCAAGGUGAAGGCGGCUCUCUGGGCUUUGCAAGGUGGCACUUCUGUUGUUAUUGCCAACGGAACCCACCCAAAGGUGUCUGGGCACGUCAUCACCGACAUUGUAGAGGGAAAGAAAGUUGGCACCUUCUUUUCAGAAGUGAAGCCUGCAGGCCCAACCGUUGAACAGCAGGGAGAAAUGGCUCGAUCUGGAGGAAGGAUGUUAGCCACUUUGGAACCCGAGCAGAGAGCAGAAAUUAUCCAUCAUCUGGCUGAUCUGUUAACGGACCAGCGUGAUGAGAUCCUGUUAGCCAACAAAAAAGACCUGGAGGAAGCAGAGGGUAGACUUGCAGCUCCUCUGCUGAAACGUUUGAGCCUCUCCACAUCAAAAUUGAACAGCCUGGCCAUCGGUCUGCGGCAGAUUGCAUCCUCCUCACAGGACAGCGUGGGGCGUGUUUUGCGCCGGACCCGAAUUGCCAAAAACUUGGAACUAGAACAAGUGACAGUCCCAAUUGGAGUUCUGUUGGUGAUCUUUGAAUCUCGCCCCGACUGUCUACCCCAGGUGGCAGCCUUGGCUAUUGCAAGUGGUAAUGGCUUGUUACUCAAAGGAGGGAAGGAGGCUGCACACAGCAACCGGAUUCUUCACCUGCUGACCCAGGAGGCCCUCUCGAUCCAUGGAGUCAAGGAGGCUGUACAGCUGGUGAAUAGCAGAGAAGAAGUCGAAGACCUUUGCCGCCUAGACAAAAUGAUAGAUCUGAUCAUUCCACGUGGCUCUUCCCAGCUGGUCAGAGACAUCCAGAAAGCUGCUAAGGGGAUUCCAGUGAUGGGACACAGCGAAGGGAUCUGCCACAUGUACGUGGAUUCAGAGGCCAGUGUCGAUAAGGUCACCAGACUAGUCAGAGACUCUAAAUGUGAAUAUCCAGCUGCCUGUAAUGCUUUGGAGACUUUGCUAAUCCACAGAGAUCUGCUGAGAACACCAUUAUUUGACCAGAUCAUUGAUAUGUUGAGAGUGGAACAGGUGAAAAUUCAUGCAGGCCCUAAGUUUGCCUCCUACCUGACCUUCAGUCCAUCUGAAGUGAAGUCACUGCGAACUGAGUAUGGGGACCUGGAAUUGUGCAUUGAAGUGGUAGACAGUGUCCAGGAGGCCAUUGAGCACAUCCACAAGUAUGGCAGUUCCCACACAGAUGUCAUCAUCACAGAGAAUGAGAAAACAGCUGAGUUCUUCCUCCAGCAUGUAGAUAGCGCCUGUGUGUUCUGGAACGCCAGCACUCGCUUCUCUGAUGGCUACCGCUUCGGACUGGGUGCUGAAGUGGGAAUCAGUACAUCGCGAAUCCAUGCCCGGGGACCAGUAGGACUCGAGGGACUGCUUACUACUAAGUGGCUGCUACGAGGUCAGGACCACGUGGUAUCAGAUUUCUCCGAGCACGGAAGUUUAAAAUACCUUCAUGAGACUCUCCCUGUUCCUCAAAGAAACACCAACUGAGCGCUUUCAAAGAAUUCCAGGAAAUCUCGGGAAUGAUUGGAGAGGUUUUCACAAUUAAAAUUGUCUUAAGUAUCUCAGGGGAUGAGCAAGUCUUGUCUCCCAAUUCCUGGAAGGGUCCAGCUGUUGGGAAGUGCACCUACAUGUUUCUGGGCUCAAUUCGGCAACCUCAUUCUUGGCCAACACAUGUAUUCCAGCUGACCUUUUUUUUUUUUUUUUUUUUUUUUGCCAAGAAGAUAAUUGCUACAAAUAAAGACUUUGCUGUGCCCAAUCCAAUUCUCUUCAAAGAUAGGAACCGAAAAGUGUGUUUCUCACACACACACACACACACACACACACAAUCAUGGCUGUUUUUUACCUUUUUAUCACCUCAGUGAGGUAAUAUCUCCCUUGGCAUUUGUUGUUACUGAAGCUAGUCAUUCCUAAUAAGUCUUUUCACAUUUCAUGUCUUUCACACUCAUAGUCAUCUAUGAAAAGGAAAGAUAUGGGAUUUUAAAAGAGGGGCAGCUCUUCUUUUAAGCAUUCUCAUCAAAAACAGGAUUAUGAAAAUGGUUUGAAUGAUUUCCACUAUGAAGACUGACCUUUUGUAUUUAUUUGAGGAGUAAAUAAAUAAGCAUUCCAAAUGGUUGCAGCCUCUCCUGAUCCAAGAGAUUCAGUGUUACCAGUAAUCCCGUUGGUAGCUGGAGUUGCAAGCUGUGAGGUGAGAGUUUAAGGAUGUUCCCCAUUUAGGAGGAGAAAUAUCUGCACAAAUUUUGCUUGAAAUUUUUAUAUGAAUUAUUGUCAUCCUAUCUUCCUUCCCCUUUCCCUCCAAAAAAAAAAAAAAUUAAGGGAAUAUUUUAAUACUUGGGAUUCUUCCUCCCUUUCUGAGAAAUAAAGUUCUUAUGAAAA